UCUCCCAAGUCUCUUAAUUAACAUAGAUUACUUCACAAAAAUCAUGUUAAGUUACUUCAAAUUCGUCGCAUUCAUCUGGUUUCUCAAUCGAUGUGCGAUUCAAUUUUCAACAGCUUCCGUUGUUUCCACCGGAGAUUUUAACAAGGACUUCUUUGUUUCCUGGUCCCCUAGCCAUGUAAAUACUUCUGCAGAUGGCAAGUUGAGAAGCUUGAAGCUGGACAACGAAUCUGGGGCUGCUUUUGCAUCAAACCAAAUGUUCUUAUUUGGGCAAAUCGAUAUGGAAAUCAAGCUAGUUCCAGGAGAUUCUGCUGGCACAGUUCUAGCCUUUUAUUUGGCGUCGGAUCAACCAAAUAGAGACGAAUUGGACAUUGAAUUCCUCGGAAAUGUGACUGGCCAACCUUACAUUCUUCAAACUAAUGUUUUUGCCGAUGGCUUUGACGACCGUGAAGAGAGAAUUUAUCUGUGGUUUGAUCCAACCGUCGACUUUCAUAAUUAUUCUGUGCUAUGGAAUCUUCACCAAAUUGUUUUCAUGGUGGAUUUUAUACCCAUAAGAACGUACAGAAACCAUGCUGACAAAGGAGUGGCAUAUCCCAGAUGGCAACCAAUGAGCAUAAAGGCCAGCCUCUGGAAUGGAGACAGCUGGGCGACACGCGGCGGCAGGGACAAAACCGAUUGGUCGAAAGCACCGUUCAUAGCUUCGUUCAGAAGCUACAAGAUUGACGCCUGCGUUUGGAAUGGUAAUCCGAGGUUUUGCAGGGCUGAUAGCUCAGAGAGUUGGUGGAACAAAGAGCGAUAUAGCAGUCUGGAUCGUGACCAAAAACGAUGGUUGAAAUGGGUGAGGAAGUACCACAUGAUUUAUGACUAUUGCCAAGACAACCAGAGAUUUCAAAACAAUCUUCCCAAGGAAUGCUCCCUCCCCAAAUAUUGAUUUUGAUUCACAGUAAAGCUAUGGAUAUGAUGUGUAAUUGUGAAUGAUCGAUAAAAUAACACUUAUUCAUAUAACAUUUUGUAUGUAUCCAUUUGUCUAUACACUUAUCAUUGCUCUUUGAUUGGCCUAUUAGGAGGAUUCAUUGGUUUGCCUUUUCAAUUUUCGC